GAUUGAGUUAUGAGGUAGUCCAUUAAUUGCGAUAAUUAUUUAGUUAGUUAGUUUAAUUGGACGCGUCGUGGUUUAGAAUUGGUUAAGUUUGAUUGAGUGAUGGAAUAAUUAACAUGAACUAGUGUGUUCCUGUGAAGCAUCACAGCAUCAUGCGCUGGUCGCUUCAACGCCUACGGCAACGCGCUAGCUGCCGAGUACGCAACUGACCGCCUCGCGGCUGACAUUUACGCCGCGGACCGCUACGCAGCCGACAUGUACGCCGCGGACCGCUUCGCAGCUGACAUUUACGCCACCGAACGCUACACCGCCGAGCGCUUGGCCGCUCCCUUCGCGCCACUGGCGUUCGAAUACCCGUUGGGAUACGCUGGUGCCGCCGCUUCGUACGGUGGUGGUUUGGCAGUGGCCAGCUCAUCCCCCCUCCCACCUAGCGGUGUUUCUAUCCUCUCUGAGAACGCGUUUGAGGGCCCUCUUGCUGUUGCCGGGCAAUUGCCUUUCUUGGGUACCGCCGCGUUGGAAGGCGCUCUCCCGACCAUUGGAUCUGGUGCUGUCAACUAUGGUUGUGGUAAUGGUAACGUGGGUAUCUUGAGCGAGGGACCAGCAGCUCUUUCUGGGUACGGACCUGCGUACGGAGCUGCAUCUGCGUACGGUGCAGCAUAUGGACCAGCAUACGGCCCAGCGUACGGCGCAUACGGCAGUGCUUAUAGCCCAUGUGGCAGAUGCUAGUUUGAGAAGGUCGUAUAGCGAGGGGUACGUACGGGGUAAA